ACCUGUAGCUUGGAGUUUACCUUUGACUAACCGGUAGAGAAAUCCUUACUAAUUAGCGCCAGGCAGUAAGCGAUCUAUGCGAGUGUCCCAGAGACAGAAUUAAUUAGGCGGCGAACGAAAGAAUAUCCCUUUUUUCGCUCUAUCGCAGCACGUUACCGUUGACAGAACACGAAAGUUACCGGUAACUUACGAAAGCAGUGGUUCACCACACUCUGUAUCGAGUGAAAUAUGUACAUUACGCUUAUAGUUGGCCCUUAAGCUAUGCGGGAAAUGGUUUUUAUAGCAGCUUGCGCUAUAAUUUGAAUAUAGGGACACUGCAAUCCACCGUUUCUCCAGAUAUUCGUAUCAGGAUAGAAAGUAAAGAUUGGCGCGAUUUAUGGAUCACCGCUCUUUUAUUCCUUAAAAAUACAAAGCACAAUAAAUCAGUAUCUUAGAGCAUAAAAGAAACUUAUCGUUUAAUAACCUCAGAACAUUGUUUUUAAAGUUUGUUUAACUCAGUAUCACACAGCUUACUAAACUUACGGCCGCACAUUACUACCGCAACUUCUGUCGCUUGAAAGGGCCUCACUAGCAGUAACAAACCAGUUUUCCAGCAGUCACGUGAUCUACGUCUUUUUAGAGGCAUUCACUGCGAAGGCUGAGUGGAGAUGGCGAUUGACUGCGCUGAGGUGUAUGUGCAUGUAUGAGGUUAUGCGGGAUAUUUGACAUCCAGUGAAUUUGUGUCCUGUUUAAAAAUCAUGUUGGUGGCUGCUAGUUGAUGGAAGGCUAUACUCAGAACUAAGUUUUAUUUACUGCACAACGGAAAUCGGAAAUGGGUCCGGUGGCGAACGGGAAAGAUUCAAGCAUGGCCUAUUCCAAUAUUGUGCAACGGGCUCGAGAUGCCUUUAAUAGCGGCCAAACAAAACCAGCAGCAUUUCGUGAAAAGCAGUUAAAACAAUUGUACAAAAUGUAUGAAGAGAAUGAAGGUGCAAUGAUUGCAGCUUUAGCGUCAGAUCUCCGAAAAUGCAAACAAGAGGCCCUUGUCACAGAAGUAGAGUUUCUAAAAUAUGACCUAACAAAUACAUUGAUGAAUUUGGAAGAAUGGAUGAAGCCUGAUAAGCCAGCGAAAGGAUUUGUCAAUUUAAUGGAUGACGUAUUAAUUUUUAAGGAGCCUUAUGGUGUAGUUUUAAUUAUUGGUGCAUGGAAUUAUCCACUGCAGUUAUCUCUGUUGCCAAUGGCUGGUGCUAUAGCUGCAGGUAACUGUGUUGUGCUGAAACCAUCAGAAGUGGCUGUUCGAUCUUCGGAACUCAUAGCUGAGUUACUUCCAAAGUACUUAGAUCAGGAAUGUUACCAUGUUGUUCAGGGUGGAGUACCGGAAACAACCGAAUUGCUGAAAGAACGUUUUGACUAUAUCUUUUACACUGGCUCAACACAUGUUGGUAAAAUUGUGAGAGCAGCAGCCAAUGAACAUUUGACUCCUACCACCUUGGAACUUGGUGGUAAAAGUCCUGUGUACAUUGAUUCCACUGUAAAUAUGGAUAUAGCUGCAAAACGUAUUCUUUGGGGAAAGUGCAUCAAUGCUGGUCAAACUUGUAUAGCACCUGACUAUGUGCUAUGUUCUAAGGAAGUGGAGAGAAAUUUUAUUGCUAAAGCUAAAGAAAUACUAAAAGAAUGGUAUGGAGAUAAUCCAAAGGACUCGCCUGAUCUGUGCAGAAUUAUCUCUGAUAGGCAAUUCCAGAGAUUACAUGGUUAUCUGAGUAAUGGAAGCAUUGCAGUUGGAGGUGAAACAGAUGCUUCAGAAAGAUUCAUUAGCCCAACGAUUCUCACAGAUGUGAAACCAACAGCACCUGUUAUGCAAGAAGAAGUAUUUGGCCCAAUCCUUCCUAUAAUAAAUGUGGAGAGUGCUUUUGAUGCGAUAAAGUUCAUCAACAGUCGGGAAAAGCCUUUAGCUUUCUACAUCUUCACCAGUAGAAAAACGGAUAUGGAGCUCUUGAUUGACAAUGUCCCUUGUGGUGGAGUGUGUUGCAAUGACACUGUUCUUCAUCUUGCAGUGGAAACCUUGCCUUUUGGUGGAGUUGGACAUAGUGGAAUGGGAGCCUAUCAUGGAGUCUACACUUUCAAUACUUUCACACACAAGAAAAGCUGUUUGGUAAAGGACUUGAGUGCGAUUGGGGAGAAACUUGCUGCGGCAAGGUACCCACCAUAUUCAGAGAAAAAGAUUUCAUCGUUGAGGUUCUUACUGAAAAAACGGAAAGGAAUAAGCUUCAAGUACUUGCCACAUGUUGUCAUGUUUGUUCUGGGUAUUGCAGCAACUGUUGGUGUAGCAGAAAUUCUGAAGGCUAGUGGAGUGGAGUCUGAAUAAAGUACUGCAAAUAACAUCAACCUGUUGUAUGCAGGUUCCAAAUUCUGCAGUUAUUACAAAAACAGAUAAUGCUUUGUAUUUGCGAAAGUAUUAAAUGUAAAGUGCUAUAACUGCUCAAUUUCUGACUGCUCAGGGGCAGCAGUGUCACCUAUAAAUGUAAAAGAUGCAUCCUGAAAGGAAGGUAUUACUGGGAAUGCAUCUCAAGUGGGCUGCAUCUUGCUACAGAUAAAUUGUUGUGUCUGAUUAAUGUUUUAAAUAUUUGUGUUUUAUGUAAAACUUUGUCUAAAUACAAUAAGAACCCGGGAGCAGCCUUAUAAGAGAUUAGGAAAAGUCUGAAUAUUUGUACUGUACAAUUCUGUAAUGUUCAAUAAAAUUUUGUCUUUUGA